CCUGCCGCGUCGGCAGCCCCGGAGCGCGCCGGACGGCGGCGGCGGCUAGAGGCCAGGGGCAGCCGCAACUUGAGCAGCGGGGUCCGGGCCAUGGCGGCGGCGGCGACAGUGGCAGCAGGGGCCGCGGCGGGGGCCGAGACGGCCGGGGGGCCCCCGGGGCCGGCGGCGGCGCUGGAGCUGUGGCUCAAUAAAGCCACAGACCCAAGCGUGUCAGAACAGGAUUGGUCCGCUAUCCAGAAUUUCUGUGACCAGGUGAACACCGAUCCCAAUGGCCCAACCCACGCGCCCUGGUUACUGGCCCACAAGAUCCAGUCUCCACAAGAGAAAGAAGCUCUUUAUGCCUUAACGGUGCUGGAGAUGUGCGUGAACCACUGUGGGGAGAAGUUCCACAAUGAGGUGGCCAAAUUCCGCUUCCUGAAUGAGCUGAUCAAAGUGUUGUCCCCGAAGUACCUAGGGUCCUGGACCACAGAAAAAGUUAAAGGAAGAGUCAUCGAAAUACUCUUUAGUUGGACUGUCUGGUUUCCAGAGGAUAUCAAGAUCCGAGAUGCUUACCAGAUGCUGAAGAAACAAGGAAUCGUAAAGCAAGACCCUAAACUACCAAUGGAUAAAAUUUUGCCUCCACCUUCUCCCUGGCCCAAGAGCUCUAUCUUCGAUGCCGAUGAAGAAAAGUCCAAGCUUCUGACGAGGCUUCUGAAGAGCAACCACCCGGAGGAUCUUCAGGCUGCAAACAGGCUGAUCAAGAACUUGGUCAAGGAGGAACAAGAGAAAUCUGAGAAGGUGUCCAAGAGAGUCAGUGCCGUGGAGGAGGUACGGAGCCAUGUGAAGGUGCUGCAGGAAAUGCUGAGCAUGUACCGCAGGCCGGGGCAGGCCCCACCAGACCAGGAGGCUUUGCAGGUGGUGUAUGAGCGCUGCGAGAAGCUGCGGCCCACCCUGUUCCGGCUGGCGAGUGAUACCACGGACGACGACGAUGCGCUCGCGGAGAUUCUUCAGGCAAAUGACCUCCUCACCCAGGGAGUUCUGCUGUACAAACAGGUGAUGGAGGGCCGAGUCAUCUUUGGGAAUACAGUGACCAGCUCAGUGGGAGACCUACCUGUCUCCAGAGUCUUUCAGAAACCAGCAGGUUGCAUGAAGAGCUGUCCUCUGAUUGACUUGGAGGUGGACAAUGAAUCUGAGCAGGCUGGGACUGUGGCACCGUCUUUGCUUCACCAGGACCUGGCAGCCUUAGGCCUCAGUGAUGCUCCGGUUACCCACAAGGUUGCCAGUCAGAAUUGCUGUAAGGAAAAGAGGAAUCCCCCCGCCAGCAUGCAGCCAGGUGGUGGUGUUCAGAGCCCUUCUGCAGAAAGGAACUUGCUGGAUCUCCUCUCCCCACAGCCGUGUCCAGGGCCUCUAAAUUAUGUUCCACAGAAGAGCAUCCCUAAGGAAGUGCCCCCCGGCACUAAGUCCUCUCCAGGUUGGUCCUGGGAAGCUGGGCCAUUGGCUUCUUCCCCAUCCUCCCAGAAUACACCUCUGGCUCAAGUAUUUGUCCCUUUGGAGUCUGUUAAGCCCAGCAGCCUGCCGCCUCUUAUUGUGUAUGACCGGAAUGGAUUCCGAAUUCUGCUCCACUUUUCUCAGACGGGGGCCCCUGGCCAUCCGGAGGUGCAGGUGUUGCUGUUGACCAUGAUGAGCACUGCCACCCAGCCUGUCUGGGACAUCAUGUUUCAAGUGGCUGUGCCCAAGUCCAUGAGAGUGAAGCUGCAGCCGGCAUCCAGCUCCAAGCUCCCGGCGUUCAGUCCAUUGACACCUCCAGCUGUGAUCUCUCAGAUGCUGUUGCUUGACAAUCCACACAAAGAGCCCAUCCGGUUACGGUAUAAGCUGACAUUCAACCAGGGUGGACAGCCUUUCAGCGAAGUAGGAGAAGUGAAAGACUUUCCAGAUCUGGCGGUCUUGGGUGCAGCCUAACUUUUCACAAGACAGACCCUGCCAUUCGAGCUUAGGCCAGUGUGAAUUUUGCUGUCUAGAUAGGACUAAUCAUGGUGAUUUAGUGCGGAGUGCCAAGAGUUCUAUCCUGAUGUCAGGCUCUGGAUCCCAACCUCUGACUCAUUCUGCAGAUACUGUGUGUGUGUGUGUGUGUGUGUGUUGUGGGGGGUUGUGGGGGAGGGUAGAGCAGGGCUUGGAAUGUGGACAGUGUGGGAAAUGCUAAAGCAUUUCUGACAACCAUCUGCUACAAUCAUCUGUUUCUGCAUGUUGGUGGACACGGAUGUCCCCGCCUCAGGUUGGAGGUUUUAUAAGCCAAAGUUGUGUUGUUAUGUUUUUUCCAUGUAUUGUUAUCUUUUCAUUCAUCCACUCUGUGCCUUGUCAGCCUUUGAAAGUCUUGGCUGCUCCCAGGCUGCUGUUCUCAGGGACCUUAAAAGGGACCUGGUUGGUCUUGGGGCAGAGAGUAUCUUCUGGGGCACUCUCUUCCAAGAAAGACCUUGUCUCCAUUUCCAUUAGAGAAUGCUGCUUGCAUGUGUUUGAGAAGAUCUUCUAAAUGGAAUGCUUGUUGCACUGUUUGCCAGGCGAGGGGCUGCCACUAGACCAGAGGACCACACUGGGUGGGCCAAUCACGUCCUUCACCACCGUGCCUUAGAAUCACCCAGAGAGGACCUUCCAGGGCAGAGGGGAAAGCAGAUCCCAGGCCUCAUGCAGGCCUCGGGUUCUGUGGGUGGGGCAGCCUGUCUGGGCCCUUCCUCAGGACCCUCCUCUCUAUUCUCAUCCUCCUCCUCCACGAGCGUCUACUCUCCGAGCUCUUCAGUGGUGACGCCAUGCCAGUCAUUGUCAGUCAUAACUAACAGGCUCACCCUUGCCUGUCAACUUCACUGUCCAACAUGAAGAACUGUGACACAAAUAGGUAUGAAAAGAGCUUAGCAGUGAUUUCAGUGGUGACUGAAUAUAGAAAGUCCUUGAAUAAAUACCCGUGUAGCAAAUACGCUUUGUGGAGUCUUGAGUAAGUAGGAGAUGCAGAGCCUGUUGCAUUUAGAGGCGCUAAGCCUCCAGGGCCCUGUUGCCUGUUGAGGAAAUAGGAAGACUUCUUGCUGUGGAACCUGAAGAGCGGCUUCAGUGAAGGGAUAGGCCCUGCGGGUCCAAACAAAGCUGGAAGAGAGAGGUGGAUUUUUGUUACAUGUAUGGUGUGAAGGGAAAAUGCCGGUUCAUCACCUGUUCUUAGCACCUGCCGUGUGCUAGGUGUCUUCUGUCCUGCUUUGCUGGUCAGUGGGGCACAUGAACUGAGCCUUGCUGAUAGGGCCUGAUGAAGGACUUUGAAAUCCGAGCCGCUCACCUGUUGGGGCAAGACUACCUCAGGAACCGCAAGACUCUGUUUGGGGCUCUUUAUCACAAAAUCUGGUACUUUCCAGGUUAAUCUUUGAACUUCUGCGUAUAGUUAGAACCCCACCAACACUAAUUGGUGGGGAUGGGAGCUGUAAAAGAUGAUCUAGCUAUGCUAAUUUUUAAGCAAAUGUGAAAACUCGUAAAAUCGAUAAGGGAUGGGUGACUUCUUCAUUUGGCGUAAUUCCCAUAUGAUUCAUUUUAAUCUAAAAUUUCUUGCAUGUUCAAAUAUUCUAUAUAGCUUUUAUGGGCUCUAGCUAAUCUCAUAAAGUCUUUAAGAGGAACCUGUCGUAAUGAUGAUGCCUGCCUAUGCAGAACUUCUGUCAGGGUAGGUGAAUGAGACGAGAUUUUUACCCCCUGGUUCAGUGGUGAACUUGUGUGUGUCUCAACCUUCUGUCUUCUGGGAGCCAGACUCCCAGCGGUGCUUUGGUGGAGUUGCACCAGGGUAGGGUGUCUGUGGGGGGGGAGGCGUUCCUGAAAGUGGCCCUGGUGUGUGUCAUCAGCGCCUUCUGAUGAUCCGGCUCCGUGGCUACUGAAGGCCUGCCCCAUAUCCUUCCGUUCCCUCCACAGCAGUUGUGGAGCAGCUCCCGGGAGCCCUGCACAGUUGCAGGCACUGCAGAUACCACAGUGGAAAGUUCCUGCCCUCGUGGCUCUUCUCUUCUAGUGGUGUACUGGGUGGGGACCUGGCACUGAUGGUCGGGAUUCGUCCCCUAUCCUGAAUUCCUCUUCCAAGCCCCUGCUCACCCCUGUCUCUUGACUUACUUCUGUGACUCUGUGUUUCUCUUGCUCUCUUAAAUGUGGCGUUGCCCAGGGUUUAGUCCUUAGGACUCUUCUAAGUACAUCUGGGCAGCUAACCACUAGGUGGGUCCUAGACCUCUAGCUCAAGCUUCUACCUCCCUGCUGACAUCCAUAUUCAUCAGUGGCUAUUUGUAGGUUUCACUAUUGUCUUGGGCUCCAAAAGCUUAGAAUGGAACCCAGCCUCCUCCUCCUCCCCUCUUCCCCUUAUAUUUUCUUUUAUUUGAAAACAUCUGUAUGAACUUCCAUGGAUCCUUGAUUCCUGUUCCUUCUAGAGCCACUCAGUUGUUUUUGUCUCGUCUAGUCUAUUUCUGAAUAUGACAUCUUGCCCUCUCCUGCAUUCACAUGGUCACUGCCCUGGUUUGGCUCUUCGGGGGGGAGAUGGGGUGGUGCAGUUAUCUGCCUCUCAGUUCCCUGAACUAUUAUACUUGCCACCACCAGAAUUAUCUAACAGAUCUGGCCAGUUAUCUGCCUCUCAGUUCCCUGAACUAUUAUACUUGCCACCACCAGAAUUAUCUAACAGAUCUGGCCACUUGACCUCUUGCUGAGAAAUCCUGAAUGGCUUCCUAAUGUCCUAAAAGUUGAUGCAAUCAAGUUGAAUGCUUAAGUAUUCAUUGCCCUCUUCGAACUUCCUGUGCUUCCUACCAUUCUGCCACCUGCCAGGAACGAGCACUUUGCCACAGCCACAAGAAAGUCCUUUCUUUCAUGUUUUGAUAAUGCCAUGUGUUUUCAUGACAUCAGGAGGUAACUCCUCUCCCCUUAUCUCUUCAAUGAAUUUAAGACUAGGCUAGAACCCUGCUUUAUCUGUGAGCCACUGUGAGCAUAAAUGGGCUAUGGAGAUGGGAAAUGUUGAAAACAGAGUAAAUGACUUAAUGACCAAAAGAACACGGACCAAAUAAAGCAAAGAACACGAACAUUACAUAUUAAAAAUGGUGUAGGGGCACCUGGGUGGCUCAGCAUCAUCUUGUUCUCAGCUCAGGUCUUUAUCUCAGGGUUGUGAGUUCAAAACGACUGUAAAUUGAGAGACCAAGCAUUCAGGGUAGAAAGCAAAGGUGAUAUUCUAAAAUACAAGUAGUGCUUGAUUACUACAGUGUUCACAAAUCAAAUUCUUCAUAUCCAAUGUAGAAGAUGCUGUCCCAGCCCCAAAAUAUAAAAUUCUAUCAACUAGGUGUUUUGUUUUGUUUUUUCUUUUGAAGAAAACAGUAGGAGAGUGUCCUGGAAUGGUAGCCCUGGUUUGGGGGGAGGAGUUUUUCAUUUUUGUUUUUAUUUUUAAAUAAAGAUAUGGCCUGGCAUUUACCAUCUGGGAAGAGGUGAAGCCAGGUAGGACAGAGGAAAUGUCCUCAGGUGAGAUGAGCCAAGCCUUUCAUUAUAUAGUUGAGGCCCUUAAGGUCCAGAGUUCUCAUGACAUUUAAUGUCAGCUGGAAUGAAAAAAUCCAGGCCUUUUUUCCCCUUGCCCAGCGCAUUCCCAAUUACACCACAUUCAUUCUGAAAAAGCUUGCAUCUUAAACAGUAAACAUUCUCUUCCUUCUGACUUUUAUUCUUGAAUACCUCAUCCCACUACUAGAGGUAACACUUUGAUUUUAAAAGUUAAAAUUGUAAAAACAUACUGCACUGUUACAGGCCCCAGAUACGUAGGAUUUUAACAUUUGCAGUCUUCUGAAUCCCCAGUUUGAAAUAAUUAAGUCAGCCCUUAGUUGUAAUUCAGCUCUUUAGCUUCACUACUGCCUCUAAGAAGCCAUGUGACCUUGGGUAAGUAAUUUAUCUUCUUUAGAUUCCUCCUCUGUGAAGUGGAUAACAGAAUUUUUUUGAGAAUUAAAAGUUAAUAUAUGUAAAGUGACUACGAUACUGCAUGGCACUUAAUUAGCUAAGACUUAUUUCAUUUACUGUUUGAUGUUAGCUGGUCCACCUGGUUUCCUUCCAGCACAUGAACAGAGGUGACUUGCCCAUAACUAUAAAGUUUAUCUCCUAAAAUAAAAAAACUAUUUAAAAUUUUGGUGAGUCUCUAAUAUUGAGACACAGUAAACGUAAAGAUAGAAAGUAUUAAUACUAAUUAGAAAAAGUAUUUUUACUAUUAAUACUAAUUAGAAAAAGUAUUUUUACAAAAAGUAUUAAUACUAAUUAGAAACUAUACUCCUAAAUCUAGUCACCAGAACAGUUCUAGCCAUUUUGAAACACAUCCCUAAGCCUAGUCAAAAGAUGACGUCUGUAACGGAACACUUAGAAACGAAGAAUGAACGUGUUGCCUAUAAGCCAUUCAGUUAAUUUUGUAACAAAGCUGUGCAUUCUAAAAUUUAUAACCCUGACAUCAAAAUCUGAAGCAGAUAACUUGGUCUGCUCUUGUUUCUGAGUGCACAUGUAAAAUAUUAGCUUUAAAGCUAGUGGCACAUUGAAAGAAUACACUGUACAAAGCAUUUUCUGGAAAUGCAGUUAACCACAUCAAUAGCUCAACUGGACUAUUGGGUCAUCUCAGUAGAUGUAGAAAAAGACAUUCUAGAUUAUUCAUUGUUUAUUUCUAAUAAAAAUAAAUGACCAGGGGUGCCUGGGUGGCUUAGUAAAGUGUGUGCCUUUGGCUCAGGUCAUGAUCCCAGGGUCCUGGGGUUGAGUUCCGUGUCAGUCUCUGUGCUCAGCGGGGAGUCUGUUUCUCCUUCUCCCUCUGCCUCAACUCAUGCUGUCUCUCUCUAAUAUUUAAAAAAAAAAAAAAAGACAAGCAGCAUGUUUAAUAAGGAAAUAAUAGAGUAGCCUAAACACAAAGGUUUAUUUUCUUGUUAAAAAGGCCAGAUGUAGUCCAGAACCGUUGCUGAUAAAAGCAUCACAGAGUCAUCGGGGAUCCAGGCUUCAGCCAUCCCUAAAUCACCACCCAAGGAUAAUCUCAGCAUGUUACAUGGUGAUGGCUUGAGAUGCUGACAUUCUAAGCCACAGGAAGGAAUAAAGGAAAACUGACAUUCUUAAGGUUUCCCAUAAGUUUCAUGUGAUACUUGUAUUCACAUCUUAUUGGCUGUUUAGUGACAUUGCCCCACUUUGGGCAAGGAAGGCUGAGAAAUUGUCAUAUUUGCAUACAGAGCCACACUGCAUGAAAUUGGGUUUUGGCCAAGGAAGAAGGGAAGACUGGAUUUGUAGUAGAUUAGCUAUCUACCAUAAGAUACUAUGGCAGUCUAUUGGGGAAAACUGCCCUUGAACUAUUGUUAAAUGGAAAAAAAAAAAAAUGCUUUUAUAUUUGUCAUGACCCUGGUUUUAAAACCAAGCAAUCUAGGUAUAUGUGUGCAUAUAUAAUAACUGGUAAUUUUGGGUUCUAGAAUUGCAAAUGAAUUUUUAAAAUACUUAUUUUAGAAAGAGCACAUGGUGGGUGAGGGGUAGAGGGGGAGAGGCUUAAGCAGACUCCACGCUGAGUGUUGAGCCUGAUGUAGGGCUCAGUCUCACAACCUGAGAUUGUGACCUGAGCCAAACCAAGAGUUGGACACUGACUGCGCUGCCCAGGCGUCCUGCGAAUGGGUUUUCUUUAAAUUUUAUC